ACACAGGGGUCAAACAAGCGGCCGUUGAGGCCAUUACCUGGUCAGAUUUCUCUGGUCAGAUCCUCGAUCCUCAUCGGACGCUGACAGGCAUGGCUCUGCCACUUCUGCCUGGCAACAGCUUUAACCGCAAUGCAGGAAAGGAGAAAUUCCAUAAAUCCCAACACUGGGGCUUUUGUAACAAUGUCAGGAUGCUGGUGAGUGAUGAGAAGCCUGGAAUAGGUGGAGAGCUGCUACCUGGGCAAAAGAUAAGGCCUAAAAACACUGUAUAUCCCAAAGGAGAUGGAGCCGAUGCACCAUCCUGGGUAGCUUUUGAUAAGCAGGUAUUAUCUUUUGAUGCCUAUGUGGAAGAUGAAGUGCCUGAUAAAAGACAAGAAAAGUAUAGAAUAAGAUACUAUAAAAUCUAUUUCUACCCUGAAGAUGACACCAUUCAAGUAAAUGAACCAGAAAUGAUAAAUAGCGGACUGCCUCAAGGCACUUCUAUCAGGCGCCAUCGGAUUCCUCUCCCACCUCCAGAUGAUGAUCAGUUUUAUACUGUGUUUCACUUUAAUAUCAACACACAUGUUGUCUUCUAUGGGCGCAAGUUUAAGAUUUAUGAUUGUGAUACAUUCACAAAAAAUUUUCUAAAGAAAAUAGGAAUCAAACUGAAUCCUCCAGAACCACGUCCAGUAGAUCCCUACAUGAAGAUGCGGAGAGAGGUAUUAGAGUUUGUGGAUCCUUUUCGUCCCUAUCAGUACUUUGACACUCUGAAACGGUUCCUCCAGUAUGAUGGGAAGGUUUUGCGUUUCUUCUGCCUGUGGGAUGACUCAACCUCACUGUUUGGGGACCGUAGAGAACUUGUCCUGCAUUACUUCCUGUCUGAUGGUACUGUAGAAGUCAGAGAAGUACUGCCACUUAAUUCAGGCCGGGAUGCUAUGUCGUCAUUCCUUCGGAGGAGUAAGCUUCCCAAGUAUGGCCCACCUGGAAUCUUUCAACCAGGCCAGAUAACAAAUCGAGCAGUCCUCAAUGUGUAUGGGGGCUUGUCAGAAUGGCGAGCAGAUGGCUACCUGUUGGAUAAAUAUCAGCUAGGAAAAAUAGAGCAAGAGUUUUAUACAGACCAGGACCUGGCUAUAGGUGCCACCAUCAAUGUGUGGGGAAGGAAAGUCCUCCUCUGUGACUGUGAUGAAUUUACCAAGACCUAUUACAGGACAAAGUAUGGAAUUGAUAAUUUUACUGCCAUUUCAUGCAAGCCUCCUCCUCUUCCAAAAAUAGAAAGGAAGUACCCACCUUACACUGGCUUUGGGUCUGAAGAGGAUUCUUUCCGCUCCUGCGUGGGCCUCAAGCCCACACCUCAUCGGAGGAACUUCAAAAAAUUCGUGGAACUAGACAGCUAUGGAAACAUAAGUAACACACUCCGGUAUUUUGCAAAACUAGUCACAGACAAAUGUGCUGAUGUGGACAGGAUGUUUGUUAUUGCGUUUUAUCUUGGUGAUGACACAAUUUCAGUAUUUGAACCUAUAGAGAGGAAUUCAGGGAACACUGGUGGGAUGUUCUUGAAAAGAAGUCGUGUGAAAAAGCCUGGUCAAGAAGUCUUUAAAAGUGAAUUUUCAGAAUACAUCAAGGCUGAGGAGCUCUAUAUUGGAACCACAGUGAAUAUAAAUGGCUACCUGUUUAUUCUGCUUAAUGCUGAUGAGUACACCUUGAGGUACAUGGAGAAUAACACAGACAAGUUUCCAUAUAGCAACUUUGACUUUGCCAUACAAAAGCUGAAACAAGAAAAAUCUAAAUUAAGAGAGAUCACGCAGAUAUUUUCAGCUGUUGACAGUAAUCACACAAAGGUGGUGCCUUAUAAUACAUUCAGAGAAAUCCUAAUGAACAUAACUAUGGGGAAGCUCAUAGAGCAGGAAUUCAUAACCAUUGCACGCCACUACUGUGUACCUGAAAUCAGGGAUCCAGAUAUAACUUGCUUAAUUGCACAGGCCCAUGAAAAGUUCAAGAAAAAUAUGUUUGAGAAUUUUGACACAUUCAUUUAUAAUUGUGUGUACGAAGACAGAGAAAAAAAAGGUGUAUUACCCACCAAAGACAUCAAAAGGAUGUGCAAGUCCUCCAGGUUACCUUUGAGUGAUGACCUUCUUGAUAGCUUACUGUCCAGGUUUGAAGACAAAGAACAACAAAUAAAUUACAAGUUAUUUUUCUCUAUACUGAACUGGAGAAUGAAUCCAACACCUGAACUGCAAUCCCCACCAUACCUUAAAGAGAAAUGUGAAGAUGUUUGGAUGGGAAUGCCUUCACCGAUUCCUGCAAAAUACAUUAGAUACUUAGACUUUUUGAAGGAAGUGUAUGGCUUAGAGGAGAACGGACUGUGAAAGUUUCGAUUGACUCUCUUUGAUUUACUGCUCUCAUUUUGCCAUGUUUAUUUUAAUAGAUAUAAUUUCCUUAAAAACAAAAAAAGAAACAAGGUUUGUAUUAAGUGGAAAUCCAUAAACCACAUUUAAUCUUCUUUUGUCGCUGUAGUUCUUCAGAACAAACAGCCUGUUAUACUGCUGAUGUACCAGCACUAUUAAAAAAUACCAUUUAAAACAAUGGUUGACAAUUUUUGUUGUAUGCAUUAUUUAUGAAUACCAAAGACUCUUACAGUAAUUUCCAUCUAAUAUAAUUUGAUUCAUUGCAAUGUGAAAAGAAAAUGAUUUUUGACAGCUGUGCAUGACAAUAUAAAAUCAAAUUA